UAGAGGGAGGUUGGGUGGAGGUAGCCGUCGUGUUGCCAGCAUUGCCAGUAGUCCGGAGGUGCGCUUCCGGUAGCCCAGUGAUGCCGCUGCGCCAGUCGCCCGUGGGUCCGUUGCUCCUGCCGCUCGUCUUAGCCGCGGUGCCAGUUACUCCUGUAGUCCGGAGUCCAGCCUCCUCCUCCUCACUUGCCCUCUGUGAUAGCCUCUAG